AUGGUCUCCACGAGGCACCAUCCGAGACCCUUCCCCGAGCCAGCAACUCCCAGCUCGACAACCCGUUCCAAUGCCACGGACUCGCCCUCCAAAUCUUCCUCGCCUCCACAUUCCGAUGACUCAAUAGUCGUCGCGUCUUCUGCUUCUCGAAAGCGCCGAUCGAAUCGAUCCUCUCAUGCAAAGUCGUCAACGUCCCUGACCCCCGCUUACUCGCAUAGAGCGCCACCCCUGCUGUUGAUCUGGCUGUUCGUUUCCCUUCCCCUCGUGGUAUGGGAUACGGGCUAUAUCGCACUUCGUCCACACUCGAUGCCGGGAGGGAAGUUCCACACCCCCAUCUGGUCAUUGUACGCUCUGUACGGUACGGUGGACUAUGUGUAUGGCUGGCCAGCCUGGGACGGACAUGUGGGCUUCACAGCAGCACAGGCUUCACUGAAUGUCAUUGAGACAGUCAUGUACAUCUACUACCUGAGCACAGUAUUGAGCAACGGUACAGGAGGUCUCCUGAACUGUCGUUCUCCGCAGGGAUUCUUCCUGGGUGAACGAGACAAAUUCAUCAGUGGGCCUGGCGUGGCCACAGCUGUCGUCGUCCUCUUCUCCGCUGCUGUGAUGACCCUAAGCAAAACCAUUUUGUACUGGCUCAACGAAUACUUCUCGAAUUUUGCCAAUAUUGGCCACAAUUCUCUGUAUAACCUCGUCUUCCUAUGGGUUAUCCCCAACGGACUCUGGCUGAUUUUUCCGGCGUACAUGAUAUACUUGCUCGGAAAAGAGAUGGUGGCAGGAAUGGAGGGCACUCAAGCAGAAAAGGAGGAGUGA